AAUCAAAUUUGUGCUGCAAAUAUGGCAUAAUAUUACGUCUGCAAGGACACGUGCCUCACUCUUCUCGUACCGUCGUGAUCGCAACAACCCAUCGGUGCACGACCUAGUGUUUGAUUUUGCGACAUAAAUGGUAUUCAAUCGGCGUUUGUUGAGCAUGUAGGCUUCGGCUGCUGCUCAAACCGUGUAAAAUUUUGACUUGUGAAAACAUAACAACUUUUCUUUUGUGCACCGAACAGCCAACAUUACUAUUACAACAUUUGUGCGCUAGUGAAAAUAGCAUUCAAAGCCGCAAUUAACUCGACCGCCAAAUAAACUACACAAAGCUGUUUUAAACCAUGAGCAAAGAAAAGAUUUGGAAGGGAUUCGACCAGCUUCUGGUUUCUUCCUCUGUAGGGCAUAGAAGAUCAUGGAGAAGACAGCAAAGGUCGCGUCCCAAUAAAAACAACAGCUUAAUAUAUAUGCGAGAUCAGGAUGAUGGAUGGCAGAUAGAUGACCAUUCAGAUGAAGACACGACUUGCAGUGGAAGGCAUGAAAGUGAACCGUUGUCCUCAACGAUUACACCAUCCGUGCCGCCAUCAUUAAAUCCGGCCGAAUUCACGAUUAGUCGCAAAAAUGAGUCCGAUUCUGAGAUAGAGCAGUUAUCGGAAGAUGGCUGCCAGCCCCAGUACGCAACCACAUCUGAGUCUUCCGAUUCAGACGAUUGUCUUGCUAUUAAUUGUACCAAGAGCAGAAUGACGAAGUUACAAUUUGUUGACACAAAUCCUUUGAAACGACGAAGAAUUACGGAUGAUAUGGACGUUUCUUCCGUUGCCGGUUCGUGCCGAGCUAAGAACCGUCCGUUCAAGGAUGCCACUAGUCCAAAGCAAUUCAAAUCAAUUUCAGUGCUCAAUCGCAGCAGAGCUUCAGUUGGAUUAAACAACAGUGUGGUUAGUACUACCGGGAAUAAAUCCACGCAUGGUUGGAAGUCUUUUGAUACAUCGUUUACGGACCAACAAGAGGCAAGCGAUAUAGAAGAGUUGCCUUCUUCGCCUGAGAGUUCGCGUACGGUACCGCUCAACAUUGAGGAGUUACCACCUUCAGCUGACGAAAGCAGUUACAUAAAUCGAAGUGCAUUGCAAGAUUCAUCCACUACUCCUCCCUCGAAGUCAUUUUAUGUCGCAACGCCAGCCACUAAAAAUAAAAACCAUCCCAAAAGUUCGCCUUUGGGAGCACUGGAAAUGGUACUGCAUGAUCGAAGUUCCCGACAAUAUCUCUGGCAGCAUGCGAUAACGUCCGGUACGGUCCAACCGGAUCUCAUUAUAAAACUAGAUUCCAUCGAACGAAUUUUCGGUCGCGUAAUGCUACGAUUCUUCACCACCACAACCGAAACGGACGAUUGCGUUCAGGAGCAGAUCGAAAACAUCAUCUUCCUGGAUCAAGGCGAUAAGCAGUUAAAAUCGAUUCACGCCGGAAUGGACCUAGCGCUGGAAGUAGACGAACGUAUAAUGCCUCACCGCGUUUCCAACAACAAACUGGUACACCUUGGCGUAACGAAACUGUGUCCUUUGCCAUUAACCACCAAAUAAAGAAGCACACACACAGCACACCGGGCGAGUUUUAGCUUUCUCUCCA